AUGCUCCGACGCGGUUCAUCUGGUAACACGAUAACCUCGGCAGAAGUGUCGGACAUUACGCCAGAACUGGAACUAGAAGACAGUCGUUUAGAGAAGCGGCGAAGGCCGUCUGAGCAGCAGGAGAGCCUCAUACUCGAUCAUGUGCCCACACCCAAGCCAACGCCUCUGCCGACACCCAGCCGCCCAGAUUGCCGUUCCAGAGCCAGAGCCUGUCUUGACAAUGACAGCCAAGGUGGCGGCGCCGGAAACCCAGAUCCGUCCCCAAUCGAUGAAGAAAAUGGCGACGAUGGCACACAUGCUCGGGGAGUAGCCGAGGACCUGCUCCAUUCCCCAUCCAUCUCUCCUUUCGAAAUAGGGGGUGAUCAAUAUAUCGAUCCGGAUUCGGACAAGCGCGAAAAGAAUAGAAAAGGCAGUGGUGGUAAAGUUGGGGGAAGCCACGAUGACGAAGCCAACCAGGUCAGGUGUUCCGCAGGCCUUCGGCGAAAACUUCCCGACGUAAACGCACCGUACCUCCCGCCCGGGAGAGAUGCCGCGGUCCAUGAAGAACCGCUCCUAGGCGGCGGGACCGGAGCACAAUGCCUACGAGGACAUUACGACAAGUCACCUCAUCCACGGCCAUUGUCAACUCCCAGAAUGGACAUCGCGACUCGGUCUUGCUCCCCACCAACAUCCUCUCCGGGAACGAAGGCUGGAGGGGGAGCAAUAUCAGUUAGUGCCAACAUGGCUUAUCAGAUGACCAAUCUCACGCUUUGCUCUGUGCCAAAGGGCUUGUCGACUGUGACAGCAAUUGUUCGUUCCCGCGACUCGGGGUCGUCUUUCCACCCAAUGGCCCUGGAUCACAAGCUCCUUGGUGGAGACAUCCGCAUGAUCCAGCUAUCGCCAGAUUCAUGGAUGCUACUGGGAUACCGAUAUGACGAUGGUGCGUCAGGUCCAUGCGCCCGCGAAAGCCCGACGCUGCUCAAUGUGGACCGGAUGAGCGGUCCCCACGGAGAUGCUGCCAGUCAUAACACCCACCACCCAGAUGACGACGGAGACGGAGAGGACGAGAAUGGAGAGGAAGUCCCGGGUGAACACAAACCUCAUGCUGCCGGCAGUGAUCAGGGGUCCCGCAGAGGCUAUACGCGCUUCCGCCAAAGAAUACGCAAACCGUGGUUGAAGUCGGACGAAGUGCGAUUACUUGCAUAAGACAGAAUGGACAUAGAGUGGGAGGAUGUAUUCGAAUACUUCCUAGAUCGGUCGGAUGGCGUAAUAAAAUUGCGCUAUUACAUAUUACGCAAGAAGGAUCCAGAAGGCUAUCGCGGUAUCCCCG